GUGCUUACCUGGGCAACAGUGAUCAAGUUCACAUUUUUGGCGGGUAAAAUUCAUAUCAGUCUGCAGCCAAGAUGACACACCGUGCAGUCAUACAUUUAGUUUGUGCGUUGGGAGUCUUUCACAAAUGUCAAACAGCUCUGAUCGAAUCCCAGCAGACUGUCAUGGCAGCUGUGGGAGACAACGCCCGCCUGAACUGUCAGUUGAUGCAGUCCAAAGAUGUCGUACAAGUCACGUGGCAGAAAAUCCUUCCCGAGGGGAAGAAAGAUCUCGCUACUUACAACAAACACUUUGGUCAGAAAGUGAACCCUGAAUUUCAAGGAAGAGUAGAGUUCAAAGAUGCUGGACUGCAGAACAGCUCCAUAGUUAUCAGGAACGUGAGGGACCAAGAUAAAGGAUGCUACCGCUGUUUGUUUCAUGCUUACCCUGAUGGUGUUUUCACUGGUAGAACAUGCCUCCAGCUCUAUGAGCUGCAUGGAGCCUCUCUACAUGUCACAGAAUCAAACACUACUGAUACGGUAGCUAUCUCCUGCUCAGCCACGGGUCGACCUGCUCCCACAGUAACACUGUCUGUCCCUGACUGCAACUCCACCAGCGUCGCCAACACCAACGGUACAGUCACUGUCACCACUACAGCCGUGCUGUCUCGUCUCCGUGACAACCGCACGCGGGUUGGAUGUGCAGUGCGAGUGCUCUCUGGUCCUCAGAUAGAGACGUAUGCCACGAUUCCUGAGGUCAAAAGGUCGUCUUCUGAUGGUUUUGAUGUUGAAUCUGGAUCUGAUAACAGGGAUAUUGAUAGAAGUUGGAUCAUUGUGCCGGUCGUGGUAGUGCUCUGUGUUUGUGUUGUUGCUGUCAUCAUCCUAUAUAAACGGAAACACCAGAACCGAGGCUUUUCUGGAAUCCGUCAGUGUGUCUCAAACUGACUCUGGGGAGGACAAGAAAGACACUAAUGAGCCCAGAACACCUUUAAUGAAGCAAGAGAGGGAACCACGGGAAUGGGCCACCCCUGAAAAGGAUGAAAAGAGAUACCAC